AUGAUGUGUGAUUAUAUUUCUCAUGAAAUUUCAAAAUUAGAACUUUUUCCUGAUGAACUUUUCUUAGAAUUAUUUUCAUUUAUUCAUCCAAUUGAUCUUUAUCGUGGUUUUAUUAAUCUUAAUUCACGUUUAAAUAAUAUUUUAAAUGAUAUUCGUAUAUGUA